AUGGGGUGCUCUGCGCAGCGAGGUCGACGCACGCGAAAUGGCGUGCGCUCGUGGAGCGAGCUUUGUACAUGUUCAAUUUCGUUGCCAGCGCUUUUCAAGCUGACACGCGGGCCAGUUGAUUCGAACAACACGUGCUCCGCCCGCUGGUGUGACAGCACGUGCAUCUUGUUUGGACAUCUGGACAGAACCUCUCCUGACGCCUUCAAUGGACAAGAUGAAGAUGCGGACGAGUGCGGGACCCAGGGGGGGCUCUUCGACACCGCGAAUGCCGACUUGUUUCUAUUUGUAAAUAUAUUACGUUGCCUGUCGGGCCCGACAUAUUCAGUUGCGCUGCCGCGCGGGUCCUAG